UUUGAAACAAAGCUCACUUUAAAAGAAGAAUUUAAACAUGCCUGACUUGGUUAUAUUAUGUCCCGAAUAGGAAAAUCUUAAAAGAUCUGCACCAAUGUUCACGAGAAAGAAAAUGGAAUAGUAGAUGCUCAAUUCAAUCUGAAUUCGGCUGAUAAAAGAUGGCGUCAAAAAUGGCGUUCGACAGCACAGAAUCCCAAAACUGGCUGAGGCAAUGGAAGGCCGUCUUCGUCACGAGGACAGCUCUACUGCCAUCUGUCAAGUCAAAGGCUAGCCAUCUACACAACGGUAUUCUACAGAAAGCAUCGAAUGAGCAGACUUGUUCAUCAGACCACAGUCCUAUAUCUGACAAGCAACCAAUACAUUGUCGAUAUCAUGAAAAACUUCGAAAUGAAAUCAAUGCCAUACACAAAAGAAAGAAACCUUCCUGGAGGAACGCUUCGACUGACACAUGGCGAGACUCUGAGUUUGCUGUCGCCAAGUUAUUCAUGCAACAAACAGGGUAUGAUGACAAAUCUUCGUUUGAUGAGAUUGACUUCAACGGGCUGGCAGCCUUCAUAUACAACUGUGGGCAAUUCACCAAGAAUGUGGAAAUACUAUCUGACGAGGCUCGGAAGUACGUCAACAAGAUCCGGCACAUGCCAGACCUAUGCUCAAGUGCUCUGACAGACCAGGCCACCACUGAGUGUAUAGACAGCAUGCUUGCGUUGCUUAACGACCCAGAUUUCCAGGGAUAUCCAGAUAUACUAGAAGCAAGGAAACAGCUGGAUAAGUUAAAGACACAAUUUGAAGAUCCCAGCUCAGACUUGUUGAAAUAUAUUAUCGAAAAUACUGUGAUUAGAGGCGUCCAAGAUAUUACGGAACUUGCUUCUGCUAAAGAGGGCGAAUGGAGUGAAAAAGCUAGUGCGAUAAAGGGUGACUUUGAGAGGCUCGGUGAUGUUUUAACGUCAAGUUUACAGGAACACGGAAAGGGCGCCGGUGACGAUAUUAAGAACUUGUUUGAAAAUGCUCGUGCAAAGUUUGAUUCUUGUAUAGAAAAUGCUAAGAAAAUUCUCAUUCAGGCAACCAAAGAGGAAAUAAUCAAACUAGAAGACGCUGCUAAGUCCGGGAAACUUGAACUCGAAAGAGUAGCAUUACAAACCACUUUAGAUGGAAAACGGGAACUAGAUAUAACGACUGGUAGAGGAAAACAAACACUUAAAGAUUCAGCGGUGGCGGGGCGGGAUGAACUAUUUGAAAUGACAGAGGACGGAAAAUGGGAAAUCAUUAAAACCGUUAAAAGCGGAACAAGACAACUGGAGGAGGCAACUGCGGAUGGAGGAAAAGAACUACUUGUAACGACAAUGGACGGAAAACUUAAACUCAUGAAAAUAUCUGAGAACAUAACAAGACAAUUUGAAGAUGGAAAAAUCGAACUAUUAGAAACGACAAUAAGCGGGAAAGGGGAGCUGAAAGACGAGGUUGAAAGCGGAAAAAACGAGCUGAAAGGAUUUAUCAAACGUAAAAAACUGACGAGCAUGAAUGACGGAGAAGAACAAAGACAGUACAAAUUAACCACCAAAGCAAAGUCAGAUUUACAGAAACAGUUGCUUAUCUAUUACCAAGCAACUGCUUCCAAAAUGAACAUCCAAUUGGAUAUCGAUGCAGCUGUAGAAGACAUUUAUGAAAACCCAAAACUUAAAUUGAAGAACAAGAAAGACAAGAAAGACAAAGAUGGAAUCAUAAAAGAUGAAAAUAUAUCAGAUAUGAAUAAGAUGUUUCUGGGCGAAAAUGACACGAUGGCCAAAACGGUAUUCGUAGAGGGCGAACCGGGCACAGCGGAGAUUAAAGUGAACCGCUCAAAGCUCGAGAACCAUGUGCAGUUGGAGGGCGUUCAGUCACCAGAAAAACUUGUUCUAAGAUUAAUUAAGGAGUUGAACAAACAUCAAGUAGUUAAACGUCCAAAUGACGUAAAACAAUCAAGAACCUGCAUUGUAGACCUCAAAACGAAAGGUCUGUGGCAUUUCAGCGAUGUUCCAAUCGUGCAUGUUCAAAUUGUUUGGCUCUGGUACAAGGAUCAGCUACAGGCAAACAUGAAACUGUCUGAAGUUUACAAGAAAAUAAUGGAAGAAAGGUGGUGUGAAAUGAACGAAAAGAAAAAGAUAGAGUACAACAAUUUUCCAAAGGAAUUUCUUGAUUCUUUGAGUAAACUAGCUUUCAAUAAGCUGUUUUCAGAAAAUGAGGAGGAUUCCAUUGUUUUCGGCAUAACAGAGGCUCAGUUUGAGAAAAGGACGUAUUGGGACAUCGCAAAAGAGAAGCUGUGUUGA